CAAACACUGUAGAGAUAGAUACCAGGAAGAUGCCACGUUCCGCACCAGACAAAACAAACACUGUAGAGAUAGAUACCAGGAAGAUGCCACGUUCCGCACCAGACAAAACAAACACUGUAGAGAUAGAUAUCAGUCAGAUACAGUGUUUCAGAGCAGACAAAAAUUUGUCAUGUCUCAGAGAUACAACACGGAUCAAAGCUAUAGCCAAAAGAAAAAGCAAGAUUUCAAUCUCAGAUAUCACAGUGAUCCGGAAUUUAGACGUCGUUUUAAUCAACGUUGUAACCAGCGGAGAGGAACCAAAUUGGCCACAAAUGCUGCCUUUAGCAUAUUUUACAAGAUGCAGAGAGCGCUUAGAAUCAGGAGAAAAUACAGACAAAUUGUGCCACACCGCCCCAAGCCCCUGAUUGAUCCGGUGAUGGAAGCAGCCAUAGCUGUCUUUCGUGAGUCCAUUAGACAUGGACCCACAUACAUUUGUACCGUUUGUAACAGAACCAUGUUUCCUAAUCAGGUCAAAGAAUGCAAAAGACAAAAAUAUUGUAAACACACAAAAGUGGCAGCAGCAUGCUUGACAGGAAACUAUGUUCACUUUUGUGACAGUGACUGCUCUACCCCUUGCUCUGUGCCACAAGAAAGACUGCAUGAGUGGAUAUGCUACACCUGCGACAGCCACCUUAGCAGAGGAUGCAUACCACCCAUGGCAGUCGUAAACAAUUUGGAGUUGGCGCCCAUCCCCCCAGAAUUGGCUGCACUUAAUGUGCUUGAGAGGCAGCUGAUUGCAAAAAUCUUGCCAUUUGCAAAAAUUGUUGCUCUGCCAAAAGGCCAACAGAGAGCAGUCCACGGAGCUGUUGUGUGCGUUCCAUCAGAGGUGGAAGCGACCGUCAACAGUCUCCCAAGGCCCAGAGCAGAAGCGCAGCUGCUUCAAGUGAAAUUGAAAAGGCACAUUAAAUACAAAGGUUACCAGCACUUUUACAACGUUAAUAUGAAGAAUGUGCUAGCUGGCCUUGCGAAAUUGAAAGAGACACAUUCAGAAUAUAAAGACGUGUUUAUCGAUGAGACUGCAACUUUUGACUGUCUGCUCGAAGAAGAGGAGCCCAUCGAAGAAGAGGAGCUCAGACAAGAAGAGGAGCCCAGCAUCCCAGAAGAAGAUCGGGAUGUCGAUUUAGAGGAAAUUUUUAAAAGUCAAAACGAGCCGGGACAGUUGGAGGCAGAUGAGGAAGAACAGGAGGAGCUGAGACCAGGCCUCUCCCUGGACACUUGCAUGCAGCCCCCCGACAUUGCACAGGAAAUCCUUUCAUAUGGCGACGGAGUAUUUAGCGUUGCACCCGCGCAAGGCAACAAACCAGUUGGUUUUUUCACCAUACCCAAGUUAGAGGCCAUGGCUUUUCCUGUACAAUUUCCGACAGGAGAGAACACGUUAGAUGAAGCUAGAACCGUCUCCCUGUCCCCGAGCCUCUACUUUAAUUCUAGGCUCUUUGCUGCAGAUACGCGUUUUGCAAGUGACCAGAGUUAUCUUUUCUUUGCGCAGUUUGUUACAGAGACUCACCUCGCGACAAAUAGUAUGUCUAUACAAAUGCGCAAAGGAAAGUCGAAAACCAAAGACGGCCGUAGGAUUAACAAUGUCAUGCUCCAGGACAAGGAUGAGAUAGAACGGCUCAUCAUGAGCCAAGACGCAACCAGGUUCAUGCAGCCUCUUAGAGGCACUCCAGCCUAUUGGAAUAAAACGCUUAAAGAUGUGCACGCCAUGGUUCGUCAAAUUGGAAAACCAACAUUUUUUGCCACAUUCUCCGCUGCUGAGAUGAGAUGGCCUGAGUUCAUAGAGGCCAUCAAAGCUCAGCAAGGUGAACAAGGGCUGUUUUCAGAUUUGGAUUGGAAAUCAAAAUGUGACAUUCUGAGAAGUAACCCCAUCACAGUAAUGCGCAUGUUUGAAAAGAGAGUAGAGGCUCUCAUGACGAACCUCAUCCUCUCUCCUUCACAGCCGAUUGGUGAAGUGGAAGAUUAUUUUUAUCGCGUUGAGUUCCAAGCCAGGGGAAGCCCGCACAUCCACAUGCUCAUUUGGAUCAAAGAUUCACCAAAAUUUGAAGAGGACCCCGAUAGACACGUCAUGGAAUUUAUAGAUAGAUACAUUAGUUGCAAAAUGCCCGACCCUGACACAGAUCCGGAACUCCACAAAAUAGUGUCAGAGGUUCAGGUGCACAGCAGGAAACAUUCAAAGUCCUGUAAGAAGGGAAAUGUAGCCUGCAGGUUUGGCUUUCCAAAACUACCGAUGGACAAAACAUUCAUCACCAGGCCCCCCACUAUUAAUUGCCACCAAAAAGAGGAUCAAGAUGAUGCAGACUUCGAAGCGCAAAUAGAGGAGCAGAAAAGGGCCCUCGCAGAAAGGCAAAAAUUGGCUAAACAAACGCUCCAACCAGUUAGAGAUCUGCUUAUGGAUCCAGGCGCUUCGUUCAGCAGUUUGACAGACUUGCUUUGCCAGUGCAACUUGACUUACGAGCAAUACUUUGCCGCCGCACAGCGCCUGGCAAACACCCAUGUCGUGAUGCUGAGGCGCCAUCCAAAUGAUUGUUGGGUUAAUGCCUACAAUCCUGAUUUGCUUAGAGCGUGGAACGCAAACAUGGACAUCCAGUACGUCAUAGACGACUACAGCUGCAUCAUGUACAUGAUGUCAUAUGUAGCGAAACCGGAGCACGAGAUGACGGAAUUCCUUAAGAACGUCAUCAAGGAUGUAAAGACAUCUGAUGUUAACAAGCGCGACGAAAUGAAACAAAUUAUGCAGGCCUACUCUAAACACAGAGAGGUCAGCGCUCAAGAGGCUGUAGCCCGUACCUGCAGCUUAGGCCUCAAGAAGUGCUCCCGAUCCGUGGUGUUUAUUCAGACCGACGAGGAAGGUCUGAAAAUGAGUCACCCUAUGAGUAGACUGGAAAGAAUGGAACCCGGAUCAGUGGAUGUAUGGAUGUCGGGGUUGCCUGAAAAAUACGUCAACAGACCUCUCACUCGAGAGUUUGAACGUAUGUGCCUGGCCGAGUUCGCGUCAGACUACAGGGUAGUCUACGGCCGGCAAACGGAAAGCCCGAAUGCCAUUCCAUUGUUGAACGAUGAAGGAUUUAUUCUAAAGAGAACCGUAGGAAAACCAGCAAUCAUUAGAUUUACUCGCUUCUCUGAGGAAAAAACUCCAGAGAAGUUUUAUAGAAGAUUGCUGAAACUUUAUCUCCCACAUCGAUCCGACGCCGAUCUGAGAGAUGAAGCGUACCCCACUUAUGAACAGUUUUAUAAGUGUAGCGACAAGUGGGGUAUGAGAGUAGAGGAAAUAGUGAGGCACAACAAAAAACGUUAUGAGGGCCAAGGAAAAAACAUGGAAGCUGCGUUUCAACAGCUUCAGGUGUGCGGUCCUCUCGUGAAUGCUUGGAACUCUUUCGCGCCCGAAGUUGAAGUUGACCGGCUGGAGUGCCUGGCUGAAUGUGAACCUUGCGAUCAGGAGCAAAACGGUGAAGAUGUCCCAGAAUUUGGCACUAAGAAGGAAAAGGGGAGCUCUAUGCCUAGAAUAGAUGCUCCAGCGUUGAGUCCAGACUUUGUUAGGAAAAUGUACCAAAGUCUGAACGAAACUCAGGCUUCCGUUUUCUACAGUGUUCGACAGUGGUGCUUUGAACUAGUCUGGGGCCACAAUCCAGAACCAUUUUAUUACUUCCUGUCGGGAGGGGCUGGAUGUGGCAAAUCGCAUGUGAUUAAGUGCAUUCACCACGAGGCAACGAGAAUUCUGCGCGAGCUCCCGAGAUUUCGGGACCACGCAGACAUGUCCCAACCCGCAGUGCUGCUGACCGCGUUCACAGGUACAGCAGCAUUUAACAUAUCAGGCAACACGUUGCACUCCAUUCUCAAAUUACCAAGGUCCUUGAAGCCACCUUAUCAAGGUCUUGGGAAUGCACUCGACGAAGUCAGAGCAACACUGGCGAACGCUGAGAUUCUCAUCAUCGAUGAGAUAUCCAUGGUCUCUAAAGAGCUAUUUGCCUACGUGCAUUGGCGAUUUCAGCAGAUCAGGGGUAAUCGGAAGCCAUUUGGAGGCAUGUCUGUCCUUGCUGUAGGUGACUUUUAUCAACUGCCGCCCCUUGGUAAAGCCAAGCCACUGUGUGUGUACGAGGAGACUGAGUUUGAUCUCUGGAAGGAUAACUUCAAAAUGGUCACCCUGACAGAGAUCAUGCGACAGAAAGAAGAUCGAGCUUUUGCUGAACUCUUGAACCGCCUCAGGGUGAAGCAAAAGGAAGAUUCUUUGUUAGAUGAAGACAGGCUCUUGCUUACGCAGGCAGUGGCUGAUAGUCAGCAUUGCCCAGCACUGAGUCUACACAUCUACGCCACAAACAAAGAAGUAGACCGUCACAAUGCCGACAUCGUAACUGCUUCCUACAAGGAUGCGAUUGGCGUUGCAGCUCGUGAUUUUCGAAAAGACCCCAGAACUGGCUGCAUGACGUUUGUGUCUGGGGAAAUUAAAGGACACAAGCGAGAUUUGCCCGACAACAUAAUGGCUGCUCAAGGAGUACGCGUUAUGUUGAUCCGAAAUUUAGAUGUGGAAGACGGCCUUGUGAACGGUACAUUUGGAACCAUUUCUAACAUUGUAAUUAGAGAACCGGAAGGCGUGAAGAUGAUUGGACUCCUGCUGGACAAUCCUACAGCAGGACAGAGAUACCGCAAAAAAAUCUUAGGUCCCUCAGAUGACUCGGUGUACAUGGAAAGAUCUGAGGAGAACCUAAGUAACAAGAAAGGGGUUGUUCGCCGGCAGUUCCCCAUGAAAUUAGCUUUUGCUUGUACAGCCCACAAAGUUCAAGGAAUGACCAUGCCGUCGGCGGUUGUGUGUCUGAAGCGUGUUUUUGAACCUGGUAUGGCGUACGUUGCGCUCAGCCGCACGACCUCGCUUCAAGGUCUCACCAUCCUUGACUUUGAUGAGAAAAAAAUUUAUGCUGACCCCAAGAUCAAGACAGCCCUGGAAAGUAUGCCUCAUGCAUCUUUCCAGAGCUGUAGACCAUUGUUAACGUUUUUGAAAUCUAUACAACAAACGCCAAAGGUUUUGACAAUUGUCCACCACAACACGCAGGGUCUGCCAUGUCACAUGGUGGACCUGAAAGCACAUCACGAGCUCCAACAAGCAGAUGUGCUUUGCCUUACAGAGACACAUUUGUCAGGGUCCUCUGUAGCUGAAAUUUUUCAAUUGGAGGGGUACACCAUGUUCACACGUAGCAGACAGCUGUCUUACAACAGCUGUGUGAACAUGGCCAAAAAAGAGGGAGGUGGAGUUGCGAUGUACUGUAGAGACACUGUGCAAGCAGAGCCUCGCAGGUACAUGCAACAGGUCACUGAUUUGGAGUUUGUUGUCCUUAAAAUUGAGGCUCCAGUCAAAGUGCUAAUAGCGACUGUGUACAAACCGCCAAGUUUUCAACUGGGAAUCUUUCUCCAAAACUUGAAAAACCUCUUGGACUCAUUGGACAUGUUAAAUCACCAGCCCAUCAUUGUUUGUGGCGAUUUUAAUGAGGACCACCUUUCAAAGGGAAAAAAAAGUAUCAAAGAUUUGUUUCAGUCCAGAGGUUACACUCAAUUAGUAGCAAAUUCGACAACCGAAAAGAACACACUGAUUGAUCACAUUUACAUUUCACAUCCUGAUAAAUGUCUUCAAUCAGGUGUUCUCCAAACAUAUUACAGUUACCACAGUCCAGUUUAUUGUAUUUUGACUGAGUAAUGACUUAUCUCCAGCUGUUACGUCCAAGACCUGUUGUGCCACGUUUUUACAGUGUACCAGGAGCUGUGGUCCUCUCCGGGUGAGUAUAGCAUCCGAGUGUUUCUGAUUUCAGUUUGUGGUUGAUCUCCCUGGUUAGUUAGGGAGUGUGCCAGCUGGGCAGAGCAAUCUGUCCUUCCAUCGGUGUACUAUUUGUUAUUUUGCCUUUUUUAUUUUCGAGGCAAUCCUGGGUGGAGACAUGUUUCUCUGGUGGGGGCGAGCAUUUCAGGGCCUUGGUCAUUUGGCUGAGGUUUACUGAAGUUUUGCUUUAAAGAAGCCUCGAGCCCAGCACGUCUCAGAAGAUAGUUAGGUUUAGUUUGGAGUUAGGCAGGUACCAGGGGGCUUGCUUCAUUUGCACUCGGAGAUUUGCUCACUAGUGAUUGAUGUCAUUUAUUUCACUAUUUGGUCUUGUUUAGUCUUUUAGUGUGUUUUAGUCUUAUGUAAUUGUUUUUCAUAUGUAUGUGGUUGCAGUGGCAUGUCUUGGCUGGAAAUAGUUUAAUUGUAUAAUGUAAAUGUGUAUGUAUGUAUUUGUUUAUUUUAGAAUGGGGUCAGCAACUUUUUUCAUGUUCUUAUUAUCUCUUGAGAUGAUGAGAACGACCGGGCCAGUGUGUUAAAUGUUUUGUAAUUAAUAAUUUUGUAAAUGCCUUUAAACAUUUUUUUAAUAUAUUUAUCAUGUAUUUAUUGACAUUGUAAAAUCUUAACUCAUGAUGUUCUCAUCUAUUUAGAUGAGAAUGGCAUGUGUAAGAUAUGAUGUAAGCUGCAAUGUAAUAGCUAAGCUCAUGUAAGAAUUACAUUGGCUAAGCUAAGCUUACAUAAUUGAUCAUGUAAUUAUGUAAUUUAAGGAUGUAUGUUUAAUGAAUCAUGUGUUUUUCUUUUAUUAUUCAUGUAAUGUAAUUGUUUUUUUUUUAUUGUGUUUUUUUUUGUUUUUUUGUUUUUUUCUGCUGGGUUGUUGUCACCACAUUAGCUACGCUAAUCUUAGCUAAUGUAGUGUAGGAGUGUCAGAGAGAUGCAGACCAAGCUGCAUGUCAAACCAGGUGCAUAACAAAGAUGAUCCAGUGAGAAGGACCCUCUCUCCAGCAAAGACAACAACCCAGAAGAAAAUACGGGAAGUAAUAUUUCAUUAAAUUCUCAGCUUUCACUUAAAAUGUUUACAUCAGUCUUUUGAACCUGUAACUAAUUUAUGUCUUUUCAAUCUGGCAAAAUUUAUACAGACUACAAGAAGAAGACCUCCAGAGGACUGCAGCAACAAUAA